AUGGGAAUAGCCUUGACGGUGGUGUCCCUGAUCGGGGCUGUUCUGUCUCUGUCCACUGUGUCCAUCUUCCUCUACCACAGAGAGACUCCUGUCAUAAAGGCCAGUAACUUUGACCUCAGCUGCCUCUUGUUGUUCUCACUCUUUCUUUGCUUCCUCUUCCUCCUCACCUUCAUCGGCAGACCCACUGUUUGGACCUGCAUGUUGCGACACACGGCCUUCGGGGUAACCUUUGCCCUCUGCAUGUCCUGUGUUCUGGGGAAAACCAUUGUGGUAGUGAUGGCCUUCAAGGCCACGUUGCCUGGCAGUAUAGUGCUGAGUCCCAGAGAGUUGCUGUUUGCCCGUGCCGUCAUCUUCACUGUGGCGGAGAUCAACAAUAAUUCAGCUCUUCUCAAUGGGAUCAGCCACCUUUCAACGUGUGCCUGUUUAAGUGAUAGACGUAUAUAUCCAACAUUUUUUAGGACUGUUCCCAGUGAUCAGUUUCAAAUUUCGGCUUUGGUACAGCUCAUGAAACAUUUUGGCUGGCAGUGGUUAGGAAUAAUUCACAGUGAUGAGGUAUAUUCAUCUGAUGGUGUAGCUGAGUUCAUUAAGCAAGGAAAAGCUGAGGGUAUCUGUGUGGAAUAUGUAAUUUUCUACAAUAGGUUUAAUACCGAGAUAGAACAUAUUGUUACAGAGCAACUGAAAUCCUCCACAUCAAGCGUAGUCCUGCUAUUCAUGUCAUUAUCCCACACGAGGCAGUUAUUUAAAAAAGUAGACGGGAAUAAGUUGCCUCGUAAACAAUGGAUUGGUAGUGAAGAUUGGAUCUCACAGGUAGAAUUGGCUUCCCUUGGAAGUAAGAACGUCUUACAUGGGGCAAUGGGGUUUGCUCUGCCUCAGUCUAUUAUUCCAGGUCUUGUUGAGUUUAUACUGAGCUUGAAACCGAGUGAUGAACCAGAGAGUGUUAUGAUCAAAGCUUUUUGGGAAAGUUUCUUUGAGUGUAGCUUCUCUCCAUCAAAUAGCAGAAAGCUCUGUACUGGGGAUGAGGAUCUGAGAACAAUAACUAGUGCCUACACAAACCGAGAAGUAAGAUCUGUGAGAAAUGUGUACACAGCUGUGUACUCGAUUGCACAUGCUCUUAAUUCGUUAUUGCAAUGUGAAAAUGGAUUGAAUCCCACCACAGGAAAACACUGUGUAAACAAGACUGAUGUCCAGCCCAAACAGGUACAACGUAUUCCGAUAAAUAACUAAGUAUGGUCUUAUUUUCUUGCUAUUUUGGACGUAUAUUUUUUUUUACACGCAUUAUA